GAGUUCGUCAUUAAACGUCAUUGCACCUGGGAAAGAUGAGUCUGAAAGUAGUGGUCUACUGCUGCCUAGCAGCAGUUGCAGUUCUGAAUUCCUUUCCACCGACGGAGGCAACAUUUGGUGUGAUACAGGAUAUUUUUGACGCUCUGUUCGGAUAUAACUAUGAGUAUUGGGAUGAGCUGGAAUAUGACUAUGACAGUGACAGUGAUAGUAAUAGUGACAGUGACAGUGAAAGUGCCAGCGACAGUGAAAGUGACGAGGACAGUGAUGGUGAGAAAGACGAAACGGACGAUGCCAAAGUGACGGUGGAAGUUAUGAUUACAGUGGAAGGAGGAAGUGACGGAGGGGGUGAUGCUGGAGAGAAAGACGAAGAAGGUGGGGCAGUGGCUGGAGGGAAUAGUGGAGGAGAGAACGGAGGAGCGAAUGAUGGAGAUGAUGGAGGGCCGGAUGGAGGGCAGGGUGGAGGGCAGGAGGGCGGGCAGAACGGAGGAAUAGCUGAUGGAACGGAUGAAGGCACAUAUGAUGAACCGGAUGGUGGGUCUGGAGACGAAGAUAUGAAUGAGGAGGCAGAUGAAGCAGCAGGAGACGAAGAAUUGGAUGGAGAGGAUGAAUCAGAAGAGGAAGGACCAGAAGAGGAAGAACCAAAAGAAGAAGGACCAGAAGAGGAAGGACCAGAAGAGACAGGAGUAGAAGAGCAAGAACCAGAAGAAGAAGGACCAGAAGAAGCAGGACCAGAAGAGGCAGGACCAGAGCCGGGAGAUGAUGGUCCAGGAGAGGGAGCGCCAGUUGAGGGAGGAGAAUAGGACGGUAGGGCUGGGGACGUUGGAAGAAGACAGUGACGUCGGGACUGUAGAAUGGAGAAAGGGAUCUAUUAUUAAAAAUUUAAUUUGAUUCAUCGGUAUCUGUCACGAAAUCCCACAUCUAUAUGCUCAAAUAAAAAUGUUUCA